AUGGCGGACGAUCCAAAUCGAGACAUUUUGCCCGUGAAAGAAGUUUCGUGUGCAGAUUUCUGCCGUAGUAGUAUAGGUUCGUAUCUAUCAGGAAUAUUGUCUUUUUUUUUUGUUUUUUAAAUAAUAAGAUAUUUUUCCUCGUUUAAUUUGUAAUUUUUAUUUUAAACAAGUUAAAGAUCCCAGGGAACGAUACAUUGUGCUUAAGCUCGAUCGUUACCAAUUGGAAGACAGGUAUUUACGAUUGCUCGAUGAAGCAAAUGAUUUAAAGAAAUUGACAAACUGUCAGGAGGAUAAGAUCAAACGGUUGGCAACGAAACUGAUGAGAGUAACUGCCAAUUCAAAGCCUUGUACGGUUACGUUAGACAUUUACGAAGACAAGAAUAAGAUAAUCGCCCUUGAACUUGAAAACUCCAAGACAAUCGCUACAACUAAUAUGACAGUGUUGCAAUUGAUUUUCCAGCUGAAAGAUAAAAUCUCGGUGCUGAGAAAUCAACUAUUGAGUCACACGAUAGCUGGUAGAUCGUCAUCGAGAAGUCGUAAUCCUCAAACAAGACCGUCGUCCGGGCGCAUUAUCGCGUAUAUUUAUGAAAUUUAUCUUGGAAAUUGUGUAUUUCUCGAGCAGGAAUUAGAAGCGCAGAAAAGAGAAAUGUCUAGCCGGAUAGCUGAAUUGGAGAAAGAAUUGUCUGCUCAUACAGCCGUAAACCAGAGGGAGAAAGUCGCGGAGAACGUCGAGUACAUAAAGGUCUGGCGACAAAUGAAGCAACUGAACGAUAAACUAAUAGCUACUGAGAGCGAGAACGAGUCAUUGAAUGUGCAAAUCAACGAUCUAAAGAGGAAACUCGAGGAGCAGACGAAGUACGCUCGACGUCUUUUUUGCUCAUGCACGACGAUGUUUCUAAGCAAUACUUCACUAACUGUGUGAACUACGUCCGCACUAUCAUCUUCUCACUUUCUUUUUUCUUCUGUUUUAUGCAUGGAACAACUUGUAAGUUCUUAAACGCAGGUUACACGCGUAAUUAAGCUUCCUCUCCUUAGACCUUUACUUUUUUUUUUUUUUUUAUAAAUAAAUUUUAUCUUACAAGUUACUUAUAA